AUGAAGGCGAUACUGGUAUUGGUGUUAUGCGGCCUGGGAGCGUGCCUGGCCAAUCCUCUGGAGAAGAAGGACAAGAUAAGCAUCAUCGAGCAGCAGUCCGUGGUGAUGACGGAUCGGGCCAAGUACGAGGAGGAGCUUCUACGUAAGCUCAACUCGAAAUGCUCGCAGAACGACAUGAGCAGCUGCGUGAUGCUCAAGCUGGUGACGUACAUGAACAAGUUGCUGAAGAAGGCCUCGAUCGAGCUCACGGACGACAUCGAGAUCAGGAAGACGAGCCAGGCCUCGGAGGACGUGAUCACAUUCGAGGCUGGCAGGAGCACGGACGACGAGACCCAGGUCCUCGAUCUCAUCACGAACAAGGUUUACGCCUUCGUCAAGUCGAGAAGCAUCAAGUGGAGGAUCCUGCCCGAGGACGACAUCGUCGUGUCCGCGUCGGAGGAUGAGACGGGCUCGUUUAAUCUGGGUCUGUCCAUCGAACGCGCCGAUAAACCCGUUCAAGAUGGUCGCGGCAAGAAGAACAACAUGGGCCCGCUCAUCGCUGCAGCCGUCCUCAAGAUUGGCUUGAUCGGCGGUCUCGCAUUCAAAGCACUCGCCCUUCUGGUCGGCAAGGCUCUUCUCCUCUCGAAGAUCGCUCUCCUGCUCGCCGGUAUUAUUGGCCUGAAGAAGCUCUUCUCGCAGGGCAAGCACGUGACCUACGAGGUGGUGGCUCACCCUCAUCACGGCUCCAGCCACGACCACGGCCACGACAGCUACUCGAGCGGGUGGGCGAGGAGCUUCCACGAGCAGACGCCACUCGCCGGACAACCGGAUGCCCACGAGCUGGCUUACUCGGCGCACGUGAAGUGA